CCACUGUAAUAAUCUAAACCCAGAUUUUUUAUAUAUUUAUAUAUCCUAUUAUUUUUAACGUUAUACAAAUUUUUAUGUCUUCGUACCGUAAACGCACAUUGAUAUUAUCAUCUCGUAACCCAACAUACAUUUCAUCAUUUACAUACAUGCAUUAUACGUUUCACCGCAGUUUAUCUUUAGUUCGUUAGAACCCAUGGAAGCAUUGUGGAGUUUAGAGGAGAAAUGGAAGCUUACAACACAAGAAGCAGUCAUUGUCUUCGUUUGUGCUGCAUCCGCCAUUGUUGGUCUUUGUGCCGCCACGGUUCUCAAAAAGAAAGCUCGAAAAAAGCAAGUGGCGGACGGAGACGCGGUCGGGGAUGGUUCGAUGAAUGCGAAGUGGCGUGAGCCGGGUUGCAGUUGGGUACCGAAGAAGGUGUUGAUGGGAUCAGUGAUGUGGAGUGGAGCUAAACGGUGGGGAGAGAGGAGUUUUAGGUGGGAAGAGAGGCCACCGCCGUUGUUGGGAUUGGAAGAGUAUGGAGAUAGUGUGGGGUGGCGAAGCCAUAACUCGGAUUCGCCGGUGUGGCAAAGACCGAUACUUAUGGGGGAGAAAUGUGAACUGCCGCGGUUUAGUGGGCUGAUUUUGUAUGAUGAAAGAGGGCAGUUGCUUGAUGAUUCCGUCAAGAGACUUUCCGAUCAGGCGAACGAUAAUCAGGGAAAAUCCACAGGAGUUGUGAGAACAACAUUAAGGGACCUGCUUUAAUUUCCGUACAAAAUUAGCUUGUAACACGAACAAAGUUUUUCUGGAAUGUAAUUCAAACUUUUCUCA